AGUAGCCAGUGUCGUGCGCAGGGCAUUGUUCUCAGCGUUCCGAUCACGACCCCGAUCACAAUUACGACCCCGAUCGCCGUUCCGAUCUCGAAGGCUCGCCAGAAUGUACCAUCCAGGAGCUCGGACGACGGAGCUCCGAGUUUGGCCGACCUUCCGCUUGCGUUGCUGUCUUGCGCCACACAAGUGGUCUCGAGCGGGGGCCCGCAGAGCUUAUCGUUCCCGGGUUUGAAGGACGAAUUGGCAUACCUCGUGGAGAAAGCAUCCGCCGUGGGGAUCUCGCCCUCGAGGAAGUUGUAGGAGAGAUUCAGAUAGCUCAAGCUGAGCCUGCUGAGCACCGCAGGAAUCUUCCCCGUGAGAUAGUUGGCCGACAAAUCCAGUGACUGCAGACGCGGCAGAUCUCCAAGCUCCUGAGGGAUUUUGCCCGAGAAAUUAUUGUGCGCCAGAUUCAAGUACGUCAACCCGCGCAGCUCUCCAAGCGCGUACGGGAGCCUCCCGGAGAGCUGGUUAUAUGACAGGUCGAUGGAGAACAAAGUCUCAAGGACGUACUCGAGUUCGAGUCUCGAACCUUUGGCCUCAAUGGAGAUUUGCUCGAGCAAUUUGUUCCCCUUCACCUCCACCCGUUCGGGGAUGAUGCUAUUGAUGUCUCCCCCGGCGUCGUCUGGCGACGCUUCGAGGCGACUAAAGCCUUCCAACCCUGAGAGAUUGGUGGGCCAGACUCCCGUGAAUGAGUUGUGCGACAAGUCGAGCACUUGCAGAUCCGGAAGCUUCCAGAUCCAGCCGGGCACGCGGCCGCCGAAUUUGUUGGAUGCUAAUUUCAAUACUCGCAAUUCGCGCAGCACUGGCUGAGAGUACUCGUAGUUGUCCGGGAGCUCCUCUGAGAAUUGAUUGCUGCUCAGGUCCGGGAGCUUCAGAUUCGUGCAGUUGUACACGCUCACGGGAAACUCUCCGCCCAGCUGGUUCCCUUUGACAGAGAAGCUCUCGAGGGAUCGCAGCUGCAAGAAGUCAAUCUGAGUGACUGUGCCCGUGAGCUUGUUGUUGCUCAGCCUGAUGAUUGUCAGCGAGCUGCAGUUCGCCAGAGACGCGGGAAUGGUUCCCGUGAGCUUGUUGCUGUCGAGGAUAAGAUACACCAUAUUCUGCAGUCGCCCCAGCUCUGGAGGGAUUCCGCCUGUCAGCCUGUUGACAUGCAGGCUCAAGUACCCCAAAUACUCCAGACCUCCGAACUCCGGGGGGAUUUCUCCUGUCAGAAAAUUGUUGCUCAGAUUGAUGUCUCCGAUGCUCUUCAGGUCGGCCAAGCUGGUGGGUAUGGGCCCCGACAGCCGGUUAUUGUGCAGGAAGAGGAGUACCAAAUCCGGCAGCUUGCCGAGCUCGGCGGGAAUGUGGCCUCGGAAGUCGUUGUCGUUCAGGAUCAAGAACAUGAUGCCGUCCAGGUUUCUCAGCGGGUCCAGCGUGCCCGUGAGAUUGUUGUUACUUGCGAUCAGUAAAACGAGAUGCGAGUGGUUUCUCAGCGGGUCCAGCGUGCCCGUGAGGUUGUUCCUCGCUGCUUCCAGCGAUUGGAGCUGCGUGCAGUUGUUGAGGCUGUCGGGCAAUUCCCCGUCCAGCCGGUUGCUGCUGAAGCUGAAAACCUGGAGGUUGGCCAGCUGUCCCAGGUUCUCGGGGAGGCCGCCGGUGAACUCGUUGUCGAACAUGUAGAACUCCGUCAGGGCCGUCAUGGCCGUCACAGCUCUGGGAAAGCCGCCACGAAAGUUGUUCCCGUCGAUGAAGAGCUUUUCGAGCCGAUUCCACGAAGUGGAUUUCACUUUCAGAAAACUCCCCCUCAGGAAGUUGUUCCCCACGUUCAGAAACUCGAGCUCCGACAGCGACGCCAGCUCCACGGGGAACUCUCCCUCCAGGGCAUUGUUUCCCAAGUGCAGAUACUUGAUCUUCGUCAGGUUGCCCAGCUCGGAUGGGAUGGAGCCUGUGAAAUUGUUCCGCUCGAAGCUCAGAUACUCUAGAUUCACGAGCUGGCCGUACUCUCUCGGAAUGGGACCCGUCAAUUUGUUGUUGCCGGAGAAAUCCAAGUACCACAGCUUCGUGCAGUUGGCGAUGGACUUGGGAAUGGGGCCUCUCAUCUCGUUCGACCGGAAAGGGUAGUAGUCCUCAAUGGAGUCGAACCCAUUGAAGAACCCGCCAUUGAAGAGGGUGCUCAGGACCAGAACCUCGAGCUCAGAAAGCAAACCCAGCUCCUCCGAAAUGAACCCAUUGAAGAACUCGCCCUGUGCUCCGAUGUAGAGGACUCGUAGGCUCGACAUGUUGCCGUACUCUGCAGGAACUCCACCGAAGAGAAAAUUGUCGUGGACGUCCAAGGUCUGCAGCCUCUGCAGCCGGCCCCAUUCCACUGGAAGCUCGCUCAACAGGAAAUUGUGGCUCAGAUCGAGGUCCGCAAGGUAUUCGAGCUUGCUCAACGAAGGACCCAAAGUGCCGUUCAUCUUGAGCCCGGAGAAGUUGAGGAGAUCACGUGCAGCUCAUCGUCGCAGAUGACCCUCGUCCACGAGCAGUAGGUGGAGCGAUUCCCCGUUGUCCAUCCAUCCAAAGCGUUGUCAGUGUAGCUUUCAAUUUCGGCCUUGAAUUGCAGGAGCGCAUCGGCCUCCCUGCGACAGUGGCAACACAUUGGACUCGUAUGGCGUUAGAGAUGAAUUUCACUCACUCGUCCGAGCAUGCGCAUUGCUGUGCACAUGCUCGGACGAAGGACACAAGCCACAGGUGCAGAAUUGUGCACUUCUCUAUCAGAUGAUAUCUUGCUGCUAAAUGUCACUUACCCGAAGCUGUCUUGGAGCAAAGCGCGUGAUAUUCCUCUGCAGCGUGCAGAUUCCUCCUGAAAACGAUGGAGAGGCUCAUGACGAUUCGUUAACGAAGUGUCGACGGCUUGGUCCUGAAGUCCAAACUGCUGCAGCUCUCGCUGGCUCCAGGGACCGCCGUGUGCUUGUUGCUGGCCCAUAUGCGCUUCGACGGAGGAAGCCGGAGGAAGUCCACUCUCGAUGUUGAUGCUGCCAUGCUCUUUCCCGGCCGAUUCUGCACGUGCAUCGAAAUCUGGAUCCUGGAGAGUCUCAUCAAGAGUCUCGAUUCUGCUUAUUUCUCCGAAGGUGGUAUCCUCUUGACCAACGGCGCAAGCACCGAGCUGGAGGCAACACAGAACCAGAAUCACCAGCAUCCUCAAUCGUCCGCGGAGAGCGGGCAGAUCAGGAGAGGAAACGACCGAUGCCCGACCUGUAGAUCUUCUGAGUAAGUGCAUGGUGUCCACCUCCAGAGAAACAUAAAACUCAAUUCUCCAUGUACUCCUCAAUCUCCAUGCAUCGUGAACUUGCGAGACAGCUAGCUAGCCCAGCAGUGCACGACGCUGAGAACUACGUGAUUCCCAUAAAGUUAAGCCGGUCCACACUGAUCUUCAUCAUCUGAACUCGGACGACUAGAUCGCUAAAUGACCAGCCCGGCGUCUCCUCUGACAUCGAGCUCCUCCAAUUCGGGAAAAGACCUGCCGAUGCACAUCUCCUGGCUUGCUCUCCGGACGCGGUGACGACCGAAGCGAAGACUCGUUCCAGAGGGCGUUUGAUUUCUAUAUCCUGGAGAGAAGAGAGAGAGAGAAAAGAGAGAAAGAGAAAGAAUGAUUCUGCGUCUUAUGAAUGGAUAGAUGGAAGGGUCUCUAAAGAGGAUGGUUGUGGUCCUGAUCAUGGCAGCAGUGAGCGCAGAUCUAUUUUCUGGUGCAACUUUGGAUAUCUUCCGCAUGCAGACGUCUUGAGCAUCUUGAUCUUCGUUGACUUCAGUGGCAAGGAAAGCUUGAACUUAAUGGUUCAUAGGAAUAGUUACAGCUACAGAACGUGGCAUAGCUUGGUUUGCGGUCUCUGGUCUCUGUUGAGAUGCCCCAAGUGCACGGGGUUGUGUCCGCAUCUGAUAACAUCAGCGAACCCCAGCGCGAUUAGAAAGACUUGAUCACGAUUAAUCCCACUUCAAGUCCAAUGGAAAUUAGAAUAUGAGAUCUUCGUCCACUACUUCGCUCCUUUGAGAACUAACCAUAUGUUAUGUUUCUGCAAUUGCAAUGAAACGGUGUUUGCACUU